UUUUCUGCAGUUUUUAUUAGGAGGAAUUUACAUUCUGUUCCAGUUGGCAGUUCGUCCAGCGACCCGUUUCCUUCCUACGGCCCGGCUUUAAAGUUUACUGCUGGAUACGUUCAUAACUCUCCCAGCUCCGGCUGUCUGUCUGUCUGUGCGUGUGCGUGUGCGUGUGUGUGUGGACAACCUGUUGCUUUUGUUUAUUUUCCAAUCUCUCGCGAUUGGACGUUCCGCUUGAAACCCCCCUCCACCCCACGUGUCCACGCCCCUCCCCUCGAUUCCCUGUCCAGCUGUUGCUCAUUCCAGCGCACGGGCGCGCGAGUCUCUCGUCGUACAGCAGCGCGAGCUCCGAGAAAAGUUGUCGGAAGAGACGCGGUGUCGCGUGUCGCUUCGCCUCUCGUGCGGAUCAUAACGGCGAUCUUCAACAAUGGGCACGGAGUCAACUAGUCGCCCCGAGAGUCCGUCACAGCCGGAGUCUGACCGGCAGAGCCUGUCCUCACCAAAGAGUCCACCCCUGGAUCUCAUUGACACUGGGAAGGGUCUCAAGGUGCAGACGGCGACACCCCAUCUUGUCAGCUUGGGCAGUGGUCGUCUUAGUGUGGCCAUCACCCUGCUGCCCCUCAAUGAAGGUGUGACUCGAAUCGGUCGCGAUGACGCUCCUGUCCCCCAGGACAUCACAAUUGAGGGUCCUGGGAUUGAGGCGGAGCACUGCCAGAUUGAGAACAGGGCAGGUAUCAUCACCCUGGAUCCCUGUGGAAACUUGUGUGCCCUUGAUGGAGUCGUGGUAACCAAACCCACCCAGCUUACCCAAGGGUACACUCUGUGCCUGGGUAAAUCCUACUUCUUCCGCUUCAACCACCCCGAGGAGGCCACCCGAAUGAAGAGUAUGCUCCCUCAGAAAAGUCCAGUGUCCUACCUGGGACACAGCUCAGGCUAUCUCAAGGUCGAUUAUAGUCGUGGAGUCACUGGGGAGACCAGCGCAGGGGGAGUGCGAUCAGGAACGGAGAUACGAGAUUUGAUGGACACGCUGAAGCGCAAGCGGCUAGCUGUUGAGACAGGGCCACGGAGCAAUGGGGACUGCAGCCCUUCUUAUUUCAGCGUGACACAGUCGGCGCCCAUCAGUCCGAGCACCCUGCAACAUACAAAGGGCACGUCUCCCGACACGCCCCAGGAGCAGAGCAGGAGGCAGUGCCUUAUAGAACGCCCACCUCUGGCCAUCAAAGGGCCAACUCGCAUCGCUGAGGGUGGCGUGAGUCCAUCAACUCGCCAGGGCAGUGCCAACCUCCGGGACAAGGACAUCCAGCUGCCGAGCUCCUGCUGCAGCUCCAGCUCUCGCCACCACUCCCAGGAGAACAUCUUCCUUGCAACCUCAGUGGAUGACUGCAGGCGGCCUGACGGAGGACCUCUACUCUCCAUGUGGAAUGACUCUGCAUGUCACCGCAGCGCUCUUCCACCGACACCAGGGGGAAGUAGUGGGGCAGCUAGCAUGCCCUCCAGCCCAAGAAUGGCUCGGCGCUUCCAUCUGCCGGAGGCAGGGGGAUUCCGGGGGGGAUCAGCCAUAGACGGGGGGCCAGAUGUUGCACCCAGGCAGAGGAAGUACUCUGCCGGAUCACUGAGUCACAUGAGGAGCGCCCACAGCAGGUCACUGCCCAAGCUGUACAAGGCCACAGACAGCCAAGUCGGCACUGCACUCACGCUGCCUCAAUCGCAUCACAGCAGUUCCCCCGCUACGCACGAGUCUGUCCGCAGUGGUCACAGCGGGGUGCUGUCCAUCUCGCUGUCAUCUCGCUCUGUGCAGGGCACCAUGUCCUCUGAGCCCCGCCCUCCGGAUGUGGCAGCUGUUGGUGCCUCGGGAAGCCGUACCAGCCCCCGCAUCGCUAAGAAGCUGAGCCUCACCUCCUCGGCUUCUUGCUCAGACCUGGACAGGAACACGCCGCACAGAUCCUCCCCUUGCCUGGAUGGAGGCUUAGGAGAGAGGAGAGCCUCCUUUGGGAAGACAGGGCUGCUGCUGGUGGGGCAGGGAGGUUUACGGGAGAGGCGUGGCAGCAUCAGCUCCCUGAGCGGGAAGGAGAAGCUGCAGGACUACCACCAGAGACAGAGGGAUGAGCGGCUGCGGGAGCAGGAGGUGGAGAGACUGGAGCGUCAGCGGUUAGAGACCAUCCUCAGCUUGUGCUCAGAGCUAGGGCGCGCACAAUGUGAACACCAGGGCUCAACUGUUGCUGACCUACAGAAGAUCAACCGGCAGCUAGAGAAACUGCAGUUGUCCAAUGACGAUGAGUCGGUCGUCUCGAACCCAGACGAUGGCUAUAACGGCCGGGUCCGACAGCACUGGAGCAACGGGGCCCCUUCCUCACCCCCUCGGCCGCACUGGAUCCCCACGGUAGCGGAUCCAGUGGUAGGGAGCCAGUCAAAGCAGGAAGUGAGACAAAUUGAAGAGGAAAGGAUCCAGGUGCUGAACAACGUAGAGGAGCUGGAGCAGAAGAUGAAAGACCUGGAGAACCAGAUGGAAGAGUCCAUCAGGGAGAUGGAGUUGGAGCAGGCCCUGUUGGAAGGGGAACAUGAUGCUGAGGCAGCUGAGCUGCAGAAAGAGAAGGAACUCCUGGAGAAGCUGAACGAGAAGCUUGCUGAUGUCGAGAAGAAUGCCCUGAUGGAUAAGUUCCAGGAGAAAGCCCAGCUUGAUGCUGAGAGGGCGAAGGUAGCAAGGCUGGCAGAGCUUCUCUCCGAGCAGAAGACCCAGAUGGACACCUGUCCCGAGGCCCUCAGGGAGCAGCUCCAGCUGCAGCUCUCCAGGGAUGCAGAAGCGCUGGAGGUGGAGAUAAAGCGUUUCGAGGACAUGGAGUUUCAGCAGCUGGAGAGGCAGAGUCGGCAGGACGAUGAGAAGGAGACACAGACACAGCAGCUGCUGAGAGACAUUGCAGAGUAUCAGCGCACCACAGUCACGCGCAAGGAAAGAGUCCAGGCGCUGAGGAAGCAGUCCAGCCAGAUAAGCCAGCUGGCUCAGCGGGAGACGGAGAACUUCCUGAAGGAGAAAAACAAUCUGCAGAUGAUGCUGCACAAGGAGAAGGAACGAUUGAUGAUCCUGGGGAAGAAGUAUUCAGAGCUCACGGGGGGCCGAAACUUCCCCCUCACCCCAUCCAACCUGAAAGAGGGUCCUCUUUGUACCAUGCUAGCCGAUGUGUGUCGGCCCCAUGGUGACGCACCACCCAUCCACGGCCCUCUGCCUCCCACUGACCUGCUGACCUUUUCCUCUCUCUUGGCCUCACUGUGUUUGAAGAGCACACAGGGUUAUGUGACAGUCAGUGAGCUCAAUGAGCUGUAUGGGCAGUUUGGGGUUAACUGUACCCCUGAUGUCCUGAUCACACCCUUACCUGGGCCCCAGCCCAGGCCAGAAGAGCCCCCUCCCCAGCCAGAUGUGAACGAGACCCCUCUGUCCUUUCCUGAGGGAGGUGUGGCCCUCUUUGAGGCCACCUCCUCCCCUUGCCCAUUCCACCCCUGCCCAGUCCCCAAGCCUCCCUCAGUACACUGGCCUGAAGAAAUGGUGACCUAUCGAGACCCUUCACCUUUACCCGACCCCCCUCCUCCGCUUCCUAUCAAAAAACAUCGCCGUCAUAGGCAGCACUUCCGCACUUUGGAGGAGAGGAGGAAAUCUGCCAAGGAGAUGGGACCUCUCCUCAGUGAUACAGUACCACGUAAAAGAUGCCAGUCGUCCUCAUCCCCCCAGUUUCAGAGUGCUACACUUGGCCGUUCUAUCAGCCCCAAGUCACACCAGCCCCUGGCCCAGAGCACCAGCUGUGCCAGUGUUUUGGCUCAAAGUAUUGUGGUGCCAUCAUCCAACCCUCACUCCUGUCACCCACACAGAGCGCAUGGACACAUUGAGCGGCCAGUGAGCGAGGAGCAGUGCGGCAGGACCAGCUCCCAUUCCAACGCUGAGCUCCAGUCACUGUCCUACGGAGAGAGCGGCCACGCCUUUGACACACUGAGCGUCGACAGCUCCGACAGCAUGGAGACCAGCAUCUCCGCCUGCUCUCCUGACAACAUCUCCAGCGCGAGCACCUCCAACAUGGCCAAGAUCGAGGAGAUGGAGCGACUGCUGAGGGAGGCCCAGGCCGAGAAGAACCGCCUCCUGGAGAGCCGUGAACGUGAGAUGGAAGUGCGCAGACAGGCCCUGGAAGAGGAACGGAGGCGCAGGGAGGAGCUGGAGAAGCGCCUUCAGGAGGAGACCAACAGGAGGCAGAAGCUCAUCGAGAAGGAAGUGAAGCUGAGGGAGAAGCAGCGAGCGCAGUCUCGACCGCUCACUCGCUACCUGCCCGUGAGGAAGGACGAUUUCGACCUGCGCGGCCACAUCGACGCUGCUGGCCACCACACGGACACCUGCUUCCACGUGUCGCUGACGGAGAAGACGUGCCGCGGCUUCCUGGUCAAGAUGGGUGGCAAGAUCAAGACUUGGAAGAAGCGCUGGUUUGUCUUUGACCGCAAUCGCCGGACUCUGUCCUACUACGCAGAUAAGCAUGAGGCCAAGCUGAAGGGAGUCAUAUACUUCCAGGCCAUCGAAGAGGUGUAUUUCGACCACCUGAAAAACGCACAUAAGAGCCCAAACCCGUCACUGACAUUCAGUGUGAAGACACAUGACCGUGUGUACUACAUGGUGGCACCGUCUCCAGAGGCCAUGCGCAUCUGGAUGGACGUGAUCGUCACAGGAGCUGAAGGCUACACCCAGUUCAUGGUGUAGAUUGGCGACCUGUCUCCCUAACUUAACCCCCCUUUUAGUGCCGUCUGGCAUGAAAUGGUGGUAUAUUUUGACACUUUGUACACUAUUUUAUGUAUAAUGAAGAGCUUCCAGCUUUGCUCCUUCCUGCAGGGCAUGGGCCAUGUUUAGAGCCUUAUUCCUCCUGGUUUUGACACAUUCUCUGGGUUAGAGCAUCUCUGUCCAGUGUGACGACAUUUGUGCAAUGGUGGGAGACAUAAACAAACAGAGCAGAGCCCAUGUGUCAUGGUUGUAAAGUAGCCAUUGACCAUCGAGAGACUGAACAUUCACACAUAUCAAGGUUAUAAGGUAGCAAGCAGUGGGUCAUAGGAGCUGCUGCGUUUCUCUGUGUGUGUGUGUGUGUGUGUGUGUGAGAGAGAGAGAGAGAGAGAGAGAGAGAGAGAGAGAGAGCAACCUUUAUUUGCCCUGCCAACAUGUUGUGCUCGUAUUUGUUUGAUGACUUAAUGUUGCUCAGGAACUCCAGGGUUUACAGUAAAACAGCAGGACGUGUUUGGGAGGAAGACUUUCCUUUCCUUUUCUUAGCUGAAGAUUUCAUAUUUCAGAAUGUGAAUUCUCGUCAUGUCUCUCAAGAACCGCUGACAGCCCCCGUGUCCAGUGCUUGGCGGCUUGCUGCUGUACUAAGUGGUGCGUGUGUGUGUGUGUGUGUGUGCGUGUGUGUGCGCGCGCGCGCGCGAAGCAGGAAGAGGAGUCGGGUAAAAGCUUUGCUCAGAUAAGGAGCAGUGACUCCGAGUGCAGCGGUGCUGAGAGCAGCACAUGGACAGACCCACCGCGCUGCCCUUUCGCACCCGACCCGAGACACAUGUAAGCUGACCGUAUUAAAGAGCUGCUCCAGGUGCAUUCUGUUGACGUACGUGUAAAAUUUACUCUGUGUACAUCUAUUUUAAAAGCACUCAUGCAGCGUAAUAACACAAUAACGCUGUUGCCGAAUGCUUCCCAUAGUAUAUUAACGAACAUGAUCAAAGCAUGUAUUUGAGUACUCAGUACUGGUGCUGUUGCUGUGCCUUGUGCUCUGUGUUUACACUGCAGCACAUCUUGUGUCCUUUAGUUUCUUUGGUUUUCUUAAUCGCCAAAAAUGAAGGCAGACAACUGGCUUUUUCACCAAGUCUUUUGCCUUUGUUUGCUGGAUGAAAGUGGAAGCGAUGGAACGGAACGAGAAAGUACUCGGAGCACUUGUGGACGAUCCCGCAGGGCCGACCGAGGCUACGCUCUGGUGCUGAAAGCCGCCUUUGUGUCCGCUUCUCUGUUGCUCUGAGCAGCCCGUUGGCCUCAGAAAGCAUUCAAGCUGAAAACGGGCUUCUAGGAUUUUUUGUAAAUGUAUUAAAAUGACAAAAGUGAAAUCUCCCAUUGUCACACUGUUUACUAUGACGCUCGGACCUUUGAGAUGUUUCCGGAACUUGAACGUGCUCCACUCCUCUCGGUACUUGGGUAAAGAGAUUUCAGACUGAAAGAAGGGCUUGGAUCUGAGCACUACUAAUACUGUAGUACAGGCGAUGUGAAAGAGCCGGAGGUGGGUAAGACACCACAGUGUCAGUGACCUUGUAACCGAAUGGGAACCUGCAGUGUUCUGAGGAUGGGGGGCAAGGGCUACUUCCCUCAAUGGAUGUCUUAUAUUUAGCCAAUGCUUUUCUCCAAAGUGAAUUACAAUUAUUUACCCAUUUAUACAGCUGGGUAAUUUUACUGGAGCAAUUUAGGAUAAGUACCUUGUUCAAGGCUACUGCAGCUGGAGAUCAAACCUGCAACCUUUAGGUCCAAAGGCAGUAACUCAAACCACUGUGCUACCGGCAGUUAAUAUGUUCUAAUAUGCGAAUACUGUGUUUUUAUUAAGAGGAAGACUUUGUUUUGGGUGGCACAGUGGCACAGCGAGUA